AUGAAGGCGAAGAGUGGUAAUCGGGAGCUUUUUGAAUCGCUGUUGCGUUUUCCGAAGAGAGAUGUGUUUGAUUGUGUGCCAUUGCAUUAUCUCGUUCUCAAGAUGAGUGGCAUGGGAUGUAUCACCCCCCGUGCUGGUGUCCGUAACGGCUCCACUAUGACGACGUUGAUAGAUAUUGGGUUGUUUGUGACGAAUCUGAUAUUAGCUGUGACCAUGAUGGUUUACGGCAUGUUCAUCACCCAGCGGCACAUGCAGUCACCGAUCAUGUUCAUCGGAUUGAAGAUGGUAAACUUCACCUGUUACGCCUCAACUAUUUACGGAUUGAUCAGCUGCUUUAUCAAUCGGCAUGAUAUCUGGAAAUUCUACAACGAGGCAUACGCCGUUGAUAACAUGCUGGAAGAGCUAGGCGAACGUACUAAUUUUACACGCAGCUUUGCACUGUUCGUUGCCUACUAUGGUACUGCCAUAGGGAUGUGCGUUCUAGUGAUCGCGGUAAUGUACAAUGAAAACCUACCAUGGAUGCUGCUGCUAAACCUAGGCUACUCUUACUUUAGCCUCACAACAUUUCACAUCCUCAGUUUAACAUGUCUCGAUGUCGUACGGGCGCGUAACGUGCGUUUGAAUAAAGUUUUUCGGAAGCAGUUUUCGCUGGAGGGAGACGUUGCAGAUCCACCAGCGCUAACAGUCUACGACCCAAAGCAAACGCUGAUUUUGCGCCAGAUAAUGCAAAUAUUUGAUAAAAUUAGUGACCUAGCUGACAAGGGGAGCUACUAUUACGGUAUACAGAUUAUGGUCAGCAUUGCGGGCUCUUUUGUUUAUUUAAUGUUUUACACCUUUGCCUUCACACUCGUCAUCCGUUCCGUGUUGCCUGCCGAGAUUGUGUUCAAUGCUGGGCCAAUAAUUUCAUACUCAAUGUUCGCGUACAAUGUAUUUAUUGUGGCUUUUUACGGAAAUGCACUGAAGCAGCAGGGUAAAAUUACCGGGAUGCUGAUAGACAGAGCCAUCGAUUCCACAAAUAAUGCAGAAUUAAUUGAAAUGUUGCGUAUGUUUUUGAUGCAACUGGGCCAUCGAUCACCGAUGAUAACAUGCGGACUUUUUCCGUUCGACUGGACACUGAUUUUUUCGAUCCUUUCCACCGCUGCAACAUACAUCAUCAUUUUACUUCAAUUUGAAAGCGCUGGAAGCUCAUCAGGCUAAAACAUAAAAGCGCAUCGGAUUGGAU